AUGUCUGUGGAAAAGAUGGCAAAACUAGAAGAGAGGCUUCAAAGGGCUAUGAGACUUGAGAAGAUGGUUGAAAGGUGGAAAAUUUUACAUACAAACUGUUUGUGGCAAAUGACAUUGAAUCAAAGGAGAAACUUUUAUGCCACCCUGAGGAUGAAGAAUGCCAUGGCACAGGAAUUAGUACUAGCCAACAAACAGCUACUGCUGGUCCGUCAAGCUGCCCUGCACCAACUGUUUGAAAAAGAGCAUCAUCAGUACCAGCGGGAACUAAAUCAGAUGGGCAAAGCUUUUUACGUGGAGAGACUCUGAUGGCUUCUAAAUCACUGUUGUUCCACU